AUGUCAUCUGCCUUAGUUCGCCAGGCUCUUGAAUUCGUCGAUCCAGAAGAGAGCGGCGGCAAACGAAACAAACGUCCUAAAAGGCAACCAACUCGCCCGGGGGCAUCAGGUCAAGGUGUGUAUAAUCAUUCCAAACGCAAAGAGAAGUCAGUACAGAAGGAAACUAGAAGAGAUAAAGCUGAGGAAAUCAUAGAAAAACUGCUAGCUUUGUCUACACCUUCUGUAGACAAAAAAAUUGCAGAACAGAUUCUAAAACGCUCUAUCAAAGGAAAACCUUUGGCAGAUAAAUUAGAAAUAAAAAAAGACGACGGAAAGUCUAUUUUAUUCCCAGAUUAA